AAUUGUCGAAGCGGCGAACGGUUUAUAGUGACGCGUAUUGUUUACGAUUAGUUAACGUUUAAAUAUACGCGCUGUAACUGGUAAAAGGAUAACAAAGGAUUUAUGUAACGUUACAAUUAGCGCAAAGCGAUAGUACAGUAAAGAGUAAAAUAUUUCUAUUAUAAACGCGCAGUGAUGAAAUUCUUUGUUUUCUACGGCGCCGCCGUGGUGCUGUUGGUGGUCAACGCCUGCGCGUCCGCUUCAUCAAAAGCUGAACCGCGUAUCAGCGUUGCAGUGAAGCCGAAACGUGAAGCAUCACUUUCCAGCAGCUAUCAUGGACCAUCCUAUAAGUACUUACCGCCAGCACCUGCUUCGGUCGGCAUCAACGCCGGCGGCUACAAUACUUACAGCAGUCAUGGCAGCAGCUCUGCUGGUUUCGGUGCAAGCGGUAGCUCUGGCUUAGGUUAUGACUUUGGGCACUCAAGCGCGCCUAAAGUUGAAACAUAUAUUGUGCAAACAGAGCCCACGCAUAGCGUACACAGCAGCGGCAGCACAGGAUACAGCAGUGGCAGCAGCAGCAGUCAUCACUAUAAUGCUCAUGGUAGCGCGAGCGUCGCUGGUGGAUAUCGUUACAGCAACAGCGCGCCACACUUCGCUGCUGGUGGCGCAUCCUUGCUGGGUUAUAGUGGUGUUAGCGGCGGCGGCAACUACAAGUAUCACACCAGAGCGCGUCCACACGUGCAAACAUUGAUAAUACCGGCCAAUACAUUAACGCAUGGCGCAAGUGGCGGCAGCAGCGCCAGUCAUGGAAUUGGUUUUGGCGGUGCGCACGUAUUACAUUCCAGCAGCGGCAGUUUUGGCAACGGCGGUUAUCAGUACGAACCUACAUUUGGCAGCUCAUUGCAUUCAUCAGCGGGUAGUGGUUUUGGUGGUGCGCAUGGUUCCGCUUUUGCUGGCAGUCACGGCAGUGGUGGCGCAACUUUUGGCGGUCACUCGAGCGGUAGUCUUGGCGCACAUGGCGGCAACUCAGUUACUUAUAAUUCACAGCAAGGUUACAGUUACAAUAGUAAUGAUGCUAUUAGCGGCGCCGCAGUUGCUUUGGGCCAUAGUGCUCAUGGCGGUCAACUUGGUCAUGGUGGUAGUGGUGGCGCAACGGUUUCGUUCAACAAUCAGGAUGGUUAUAGCAAUCAAGAAUAUGCGCAUAGCACGCCCAGCAUACCAUCGACAAAUUAUGGCGUACCAGCUGGUCCGGCGGUAUCGUCAUAUCACGGCGCUGCCGAUGCAGGUAACUCAUAUCAUAGCAGCGCUGACGAAACACCCGCCUAUGCGGUAGGCCAUAAGGGAUUGGGAUAUUUUAGCUUUAGCGCCAGCAAACCACAUGCUUUGAAUACCAAUUUUAAUUCUGCCGGCAGUUCCGGUCACAGCGAACACAGCGGCAGAGCACCAUUUAAGCCAUCCACUCUUUUGGGCACCACUUAUGAGGUCUCCGGUCCGGCCGCGCAAUAUUUGCCACCUACAUCACCUGGUUACGAGUAUCAGUCGCAUACUGUAUUGCAGGGUGGCGCAGCUGGCGCUGCAGCUGGGCAUAUAAAUGAGCCGAAUUCUGCAUACUUGCCACCGGUUUCAACACCUGGCGGUAGCUAUUUGUCGCCUCAUCAUUAAAGAGCGCGUCCAUCCCCAUCAGGAAAGUUUAGCUCACGGUGUUCGAGAACUACAUCACUACUCACUUUUUAUCGCUGCUUCUUAUUUAUUGACAGCUUACCGAAAUUUCUAUGUAAAUAGUUUUAAAUGUCUUUUUUUAUUUUUCACGGAUAAAUAUAAUAUAUAAAUAAACAUAUAAAAUAUAAAAAAUUAGGCCAAGGCUUAUAUUGACAGUAACUCAGGCUUAUUUUCAUAUGAUACUCAGCUGAAUAUGAGCUGAAUUCGAAUGAAACUAGAAAUGAUGAUAAAUAGCACUAAGGUGGUAUAAUAAACUUGAUCAUUUUAUUUUAUUUGCAGCUGAAUACGCGCUGAAUUGCAUAUUUUACGAGCUUAAAUGCUAACUAAAAUUAUAAUCUUAGUAGUUCUCGUUAUUAGCACAAACCUUUUGCUGUAUAUGCGCUGAAUUGCAUGUGAGGUACAAAUAAUUAGAAAACACUUCAAAAUUAGUUUAAUGUGCUCAUAACUGUAUUUAUCUAUUAGCAUAGUAGCGCUGAAUUUCAUUUUUUCAAUAAACUAUCUAAUGAAAUACGCCAGUAUUUAUUUAUAAGUAUUUUUCAUGCAUGGCAAAUACGCUGAAUCGCAGAAGAAGUAACUUAAGUGUUGAAAUAAAUACUUUGCUGAAUAUAUGGUGAAAGAAACGAAAAUUUAGCACCAUUUAAACACCUUAUAAUUUGCUAAUAACUGCAAUUAAUAGCGCUGAAUUGCUUUUUUG